UUGCACCCACCCAUCAUAGCGUGAUAUUUCUUCUUUUCUCCCCUCCUAUUAUCAUUCGCGUUCACAUGGCACCUCUACCUCCGAACCUUGGAAUUGUAGCUCCCAUGGAGCCCUUGCAACACCAGCUCUCCAUUGACAGCUUCUCCUAUAGCUGGUUGCUGAACAUUAACUCCUCUUUCGACUCUCUCGACGAUGGCCUUCGCUUCUCCCUCGACGCCCAGGAUGCCGGCUCGUUCAUCGAGAUGGACCCCAAGCUGAUCUCCAUGCGUUGGAAGGCCGACUCCCUUGACUUCGGCUUCAGUCUCCCUAGCUCCCAAUCUCCACUCCUCGUUCACGCCGACCAGAUCUUCUCUGAUGGCCUGCUUCUCCCACGCCACCUCAUCACACCACGAAGACGCGAAGUCGCCUCCAACUCCUCCAUGAACUCGGUUUUAUUAAGAUCUCUCUCGCUAGAUUCAUCCAAGUCACUGCUCUCUGGGAGCAACCGGUUCGGUUCUCGCUACUUCUACGCAGUCCCAAGUAGUCCUGUUUCUUCGAAUUCUUCAUCACUUUUUGGUCCAGUGCAAGGAGUGCCCACUUCAUCAUGCUCAAGCUCAUCCAAGAGCAUGCUCUCGAGAGGCAGCAACAGCAAGCUACAUCUCUUGGGGGGCUGCACGAAGCCUUCAAAGAAGUUCAUCCAAAGGUACUUGAGUUUUCUAAUGCCACUGUACAAGAAGUUCAAGGGACUGCAAUUGAUCAGGAGGGCAGGCUCUCGAGUGAGCUCGACUCGAGGCUGCGUGGAAUCAAUCGGAGCAUCCCCGAGGACUAGCGAAACUUUAUCAAGCUUCAAGUCUCGUCAUGGCAGGAGAACGUUUGAUAUGGGAACUGAGAAUGCUAUAAAUGAUGCCGUUCUCCAUUGCAAAAAAUCGAUCGGGCUUGCGACAGAUAACAACCAAUAAAGGGAGAAGAAAGAGGCACCAGCUACCAAUUCAGAGGAGAAACACAAACAAGUUCACAUGCCCGGGGAGAAACAUUUCAAUUAUUAGCUCUUUUCUUGUGAAAUAACUCCUAUAGGUUCUUGAUGGGAUUAAGACAGUGGCUUCAAGUUGUGAUGAUCAUCAAUGAAGAAGAAUGUAUCAAGAUAUUUUGCUAAUAAUAAUGUGAUUUUGCAGAAAAAA